AACCAAUCUGUUCAUCCACCUUCACUCUCAAAUCGAAACCCUCAAAACCUAAAACCCUGAAACUCCACCACCACAUUCACCGAUGUCAACAACGACAUCACUCGCAAACUCUGACUGCCGGAUGUACGAAGCCCGGUAUCCGGAGGUUGACACGCCGGUGAUGAUUCAAGUAAAAGAAAUCGGAGAUGUUGCCACACACGUAUCACUUCUCGAAUACAACAACAUCGAAGGCAUGAUCCUGUUAUCGGAUCUCUCACGACGUCGUAUUCGGAGCGUUGGAAGCUUGAUCAAAGUCGGCCGUAUUGAACCGGCUAUGGUGCUUCGUGUUAAUGCGGAGAAAGGUUAUAUUGAUUUGAGUAAGAAACGGUUAUCGGAACAGGAUGUUCAGAUUUGUGAAGAGAGGUAUAAUAAGAGCAAGCUUGUGCACUCGAUUAUGCGGCAUGUUGCUGAGACUAUGAAUGUUGAUCUAGAGGAUUUGUACAUCCAUGUUGGCUGGCCUUUGUAUCGAAAAUAUGGGCAUGCAUUUGAGGCCUUCAAGUCGAUCGUUAAUGAUCCUGAUUCUGUGCUUAAGUCACUCACUCGCGAGGUUAAAGAAACUGGUCCAGAUGGGAAGGAGGUGACUAAGGUGGUUCCUGCCAUGUCAGAAGAUGUAAAAGAGGCUUUGGUUAGAAACAUCAGAAGACGUAUGACCCCACAACCAUUGAAAAUUCGUGCAGAUAUUGAGAUGAAAUGCUUUGAUUAUGACGGUGUCCUCCACAUUAAGGAAGCCAUGAGAAAAGCUGAAGCAGCUGGCACUAAAGAUUGCCCAGUGAAAAUUAAAUUGGUUGCUCCGCCGGCUUAUGUUCUCAACACUCAGACUCUAGACAAGGAACAAGGGAUAAAAGUUCUUACUCAGGCAAUUGACGCCUGUUCUGCUACAAUUGCACGCCAUAAAGGAAAACUUACCGUAAAAGAGCCACCUCGAGCAGUGAGCGAACGGGAGGACAAACUGCUUGCGGAACAGAUGGCUAAACUUGGACGGGCAAACGCAGAGGUAAGUGGUGAUGAAGAUAGUGAAGUAGAAGAGGAUACUGGGAUGGGUUCUGUUGACCUGGAGAGUUCAAGUUCCGGGAUCACAGAUUAGAGAUAUAUAGUCAAUUGGUUGAUGUGAUAACUGUGGUCAGGUGAUAACAUAUGUGGAUUUCGAGAUUCACAUUUGUUAAAUUUUGUUGUUUAUUGUGUAUUUUUGUUGGCAUAUAUUCUACGUUUGCUUGAAUUGAGGUUUAUAAACUGAGCUUUUGGUGGUUACAAUUGUCA